GUCCCCGCUUUUUUUUUUCUUCGCGUUUUGCUUGCCAUUGGAUACAGUGAGCAAAACAACCGUUUCUUUUUGUUUGAUACCCAAUAUUCAUGUACAAAUCCCAAUAACACAUCAACAAAAUAUCUUGUAUGAUACUAUCAUAACGCGUGCGCAAUGAAUUUCCCACUAUUCCCAUCCCUUGCGCCCAAUGCCAUUCCAUCGGCAUGGUACGAGCAACAGCAAUCUCUGCUGGACAUGAGCGAACAACUAGAACACGACGAACAAGAGCUCGAGGAGCAAUUGGUCAGAGCGGGAUCAGCCAGCAUGCAUUUCAAAAUCAUUGGAGCACGCCAGAAUCCCUAUGCGUCUGACGUAGAUGAACAGGAGCUCCAGGAACACAUGUCGGAAGCCGACACUGAGCCUGCUCCAUCCGAAGACGAAGGCCACCCGGACCCCAGUACUCCGGACAUAAUGAACCAGGCGGACGAAGACGACAUGAACUUACCUGGGCUAUCGGAUGAAGAAGAGGAAGGUCUUCCCAUCGCAUUAUUGUAAAUUAGACGACGAUCAGCUCUGUAUAUCACCACCUAUUUGUAAGCAAUUCAAUAGCACCCUAUCAUUUUUCAACAUGCUUGCCUUUUGAUGUGUAUGAGAGGAAAAGCAAGGCAAUAAUCGACACAUUGGGGGGUAAAAACAAGAUAUUCUAAGGCAAUAAUGCGGGUGGGAUGUAAGAAAUGUCUACAAUAAGAGGGGUGGAGAGAACAGGAAAAUCUAAGUUUACUCUGGAAUGGUCUCGGGUAUACUUCCAGUUUUUGCGAGCCAUCGCUUUCGAUCAAUAACGAAAUUUUCCAGUGCGCUGGCGGCUACUUCACCACCGUCAUGGC